AUGUGACAAACCCCCUCUGUUCUCUACUCCGGCAUAAUCAUUAUCCUUGUGGUCUUAUCUUUCGCCUUACUCUCAGCUUUAGUUCAAGGCAAUUCGGUUUUUAACCAAACCGUCCCUAACAUUACAUCAGCAGUAAAACUCUCUUUCUUCAUCAGUCUCCUCCCAUUAUUUAUGUUCUUCAAUGAAGGGGCAGAAACAAUCGUCUCAUCCUGAACCUGAAUAAACACAACAUGUUUUGAAAUUAGCCUAAGCUUUAAGUUUGACCAGUAUUCUGUUAUCUUUACAACUGUUGCUUUAUACGUUACAUGGUCCAUCCUUGAAUUUGCCUCAUGGUACAUACACUCAGACCCUAACAUCAGCCGAUUUUUCAAAUACCUACUAAUUUUCCUUAUGGCUAUACUUACCCUUGUUACAGCCAACAACAUGUUUCAACUAUUCAUUGGUUGAGAAGGGGUGGGCAUUAUAUCAUUUCUCCUAAUUGGCUGAUGAGGUGGGCGAGCAGAUGCUAACACCGCCGCUCUUCAAGCCGUAGUAUACAACCGAAUCGGGGACAUUGGCCUCAUCUUUGCCAUGGCUUGAAUAGCAACAAAAUUAAACUCUUGAGAAAUUCAACAAAUCUUUGUUGCCUCUAAAGACUUUGACCUCACUUUCCCCCUUCUCGGCCUGAUUGUUGCUGCCGCUGGUAAGUCCGCCCAAUUUGGACUUCACCCCUGGCUGCCUUCGGCCAUAGAAGGUCCUACACCAGUAUCUGCCCUACUACACUCUAGCACUAUAGUCGUCGCAGGCAUCUUCCUUUUAGUCCGACUCAGCCCGCUACUUGAGGGUAACCAAACUGCCUUAACCAUCUGCUUAUGUUUAGGAGCCCUCACCACACUCUUCACAGCUACAUGUGCCCUCACCCAAAACGACAUUAAGAAAAUUGUUGCCUUCUCCACAUCUAGUCAACUUGGACUCAUAAUAGUUGCCAUCGGACUAAACCAACCACACCUAGCCUUCCUCCAUAUCUGUACACAUGCUUUCUUUAAAGCAAUGCUUUUCCUCUGCUCUGGCUCCGUGAUCCAUAGCCUCAAUGAUGAACAAGACAUCCGUAAAAUAGGAGGCAUACAUUUUCUCACCCCUUUUACCUCAUCAUGCCUAACAAUUGGAAGCCUUGCCCUAGCAGGUACUCCUUUCCUUGCCGGGUUUUUUUCUAAAGACGCUAUUCUUGAGGCUCUUAACACAUCCCACUUAAACGCCUGGGCCCUGAUCCUAACCCUUCUUGCCACUUCUUUUACAGCCAUCUAUAGCCUCCGAGUAAUCUUCUUUGUAUCCAUGGGCUACCCCCGAUUUAAUCCACUUUCCCCUAUCAACGAAAACAACCCAGCAGUAAUUAACCCUAUCAAACGACUAGCAUGAGGCAGCAUUAUUGCCGGCUUUUUAAUUACCUCAACUAUUAUCCCCUUAAAAACCCCUAUUAUUACUAUACCCCCUCUCCUUAAACUUACUGCUCUCAUCGUUUCCGUCCUAGGCCUGCUUAUUGCUCUAGAACUAGCCUCACUUACUGCUAAACAGUACCACCCCACCCCUCGCUUAACCCCACAUCACUUUUCUAACAUACUUGGCUUCUUCCCUUCAAUUAUCCACCGCCUAACCCCCAAAUUUGGUCUUACCUUGGGUCAAGCAGUUGCCAGCCAAAUACUUGAUCAAACUUGAAUCGAAAAAAUCGGACCUAAAGCCAUUGUAUAUCAUACAACCCCUCUCAUUACCACUACCAGCAAUACUCAACGAGGACUAGUAAAAACUUACUUAGCACUAUUCCUUUUAACCCUGGCAUUAGCAAUGCUUUUGGCCUCUUUUUAA